AUGUCAACAAAAGGCUCAUGGAUGACUCUGAAAUUCAGAGGUGCUGUUGAUGUGGUUCGUGCUAGCAGAUUCCAAUUAACCCAUCGUGGAUUCAAGAGAAACUCUCCAAUUGUGACGGCGUCAAGGAUUGGAAGUAGCUAUUGGAUGCAACCUAGUAUACAAUUCUUCAGCACCAAAAGAAACAUAAGCAUAAACGCAAACAGAUUAAAGGAUGAUGAGGUUCAACCUGAAGCUCCUGAUUCUACAAUUUUCGCCUUUUCUUCAUGGGUAAAAUGGGUUUUGUGUUCGUUAGUUUCUUUCAUGGUACCUUUCUGGAGACAAAAUUGGGAAAAACUACAGAGAAUAGAAGAAGAGGCAGAGUUUGUGAUUGAAGAGGUUGAAAAAGUGGCAGAAGUAAUAGAAAAAGUGGCUGAAGAAGCGGAGAAGGUAAGUGAAAAUAUAGCAGAAAAGUUUCCUGAGGAUGCUAAGUUAAAGAAUGCAGCAUUGGUGGUUGAAAAUGUAUCAAAACAAGUAGCUCAUGAUGCUCAGAUAACAGAAGAGUUCAUACACAAGAUUGAAGAAGUCGUUGAUGACAUAGAGGAUGUAGAAUCAUUUGUGGAACCAGCAAUUGACAAGAUUGUGAAGAAAAAAGAAACUUGA